CUGACAGAUGCAGGUCCACAGCGAUGCUACACGGCUGGUUGAUCAAACAACAAAGCGUUCAUUCCGUGUGCUUCUCGCCGGCGCGUCCCGGAGCCUGGAGCGAUGGCGUCUGCUGAUGGAGGUGUCCACCAAGGCCAUGACAAACAUCGUCAACCAAAAGAUCCGACAAGAGUGAGCAAACGACCAGCGCACCGUCCCUCACUCCUUCGAUGAAUCAAUCAAUCAAUCAAUCAAUCAAUCAUUGAUUGGAUGCUUCAGGUUUCUGCGCAACGAGUACAGCGGCAUCUUCAUCUUCAGCUACACUGUACGUUACGUGUCUGGGAGAUCUGCCUGCAGUGGGUAUUGGCCAUACACACUCACUCGUGCCUCUGUCAUAUAUAUCUUGUCACAUGCAGGAGCUGUGUGCGUGCCGGGCUGCUCACGAGGAUGCCCUGGCUGCCAUGAUGAAGCAGGUGGAGGAACACCUGACAGACAUGGUAGCAAGGGAAGAGACACACAGACGGACAGACAGCGUGCAAUACAGAUCUCUCGUCCGUUUUGUGUCACAGGAUGCCGCCAUCAACCAGCUACGGAAGUCCCGCGAUGACCUCUCUGCGCUUGUGGAAGCGGCGAGAGAGCGACGAGGUGACACAUUUUGUCUUUCGUCCGGCACACACAGGCCGUUCAUUGAUGUACCUAUCCACUUUGCUGUGCUGUCUGCUGUGCAUGCAGCCAAGGAUGCCUCGCGGCAGUUGCCUCAGCCCUCAUCAGCGACAGCUGCUCAAUCGGUUAAGUGCAGUGCAACGGAUGUCUUUCUAGCUGCCACCGUCGUUGCAGAUGCGUGUGUGCACACAUUGUGCAGGGUAUGUCAGGGCCGUCCAGUCAGCUUUCUCAAGAUGUGUCCAAUGUGCCUGUACUCAGGGCCCUGACUCUCGGCGAGACCUGUAAGUCAGCGAGAGAGACAAGUACUCACUCCACCAUGUAUGUAUGUCUGUCUGUCUGUCACGCCGCGCUCACAGGUGAUUUCCUGGACGACGUCGUGGCGCAGUAUGCGCGCGAGCUGACACUCAGGCGAAGGCUCUUCGCCCUGCUGGUCGGGAGGCGGGUCCAUCAGUGAAAUUGAUGCCAACAAUCGAAUGCCUGUUCCCCUCUGUGCAUGUCUGCAGCCUCACUUGAGUGGCGAGGAGGGUGUGCGUGACGGCCGUGAGGAUCUGCAGCGGCUGCUGGCUGUGUGGAUGGAACAGACAUGUGUCCCCGACCAACACAACGGUCAGUCAGCGGGCUCGCUCACACAGGUCGGAUGUGUUGUUGUGUGAUGGGCGCAGGUCGUGUGGAUGGGAUGCGAGAGACCAUGCGGACGGAGGCGUCGCAAGUGAUGACAUGAGGCGAAUCGGAUUUGAACCGAUCAAGGCGAGUCGUGCGUAUUCUACCGUACAUUUAGUCGGCGUCAGCCAUUCACUGUGUGCGUGUCCAGGCAGGCCUCAUGCAUCUUCGCGCCUGGACUGAGUGAGUGACACAUAGACCGUUCACAGACAGACAGACAGACAGACAGGCCGGUAGAUAGAUGCAUGGAACGGUCGGCAGUCGAAAAAGAACGAGCACAUGACUCGCACGGGAGCUGGCAUCAAUGCAUGCAAUGCACACAGAGAGAGAUAUGAAUUGCAUGCAUGCAUAAGAACGGCCAUUAACGCAUGUUUGCAAC